AGAGGAGCCCCCCCUCCUCGGUCACCUGUUAGUUCCUGUCAGAGCGGUCUCUGCCAACUCCCUCCUCCUUCCUUCUGUCCAAUCCUCUCUCAGUCUCCUCUGCCCCCACCCGUGCACAGCCCUAUCAUAUCCCCAUCCCCUUCCGUCUUGGGUCCAUCGAGUAACAAAAAUACAUCCACACCAAAUAUCCCGAGCCUCCGAAGCAAUGCGGUGAAUUUCCCGGGAAUUCGCAGGACGGAAAGUAUUGGUCAGCCCAGCAAUAUCAAAUCUGACCAGGCGUGGUGAGGGAGGAUGGCUUCCAGGCAGCAGGGAGAGAGUUUGACCGAGGAGGUAAUCUGUCCCAUUUGUCUAGAUUUCUUCACUGAUCCGGUUACACUGGAUUGUGGACACAACUUCUGCCGCUGCUGUAUCUCCCAGAGUUGGGAAAAGCAGGAGAUAAACUUCUGCCCGGAAUGUAGACAGGAGUUUCCGGACAGAUCCCUCAGAGGCAACCGGGCCUUAGCGAAUCUGGCCGAGAUAGCUCGAACAUUAAAUCCGAAUCCACAAGAGAAGGAAAGUAAACAUCACUGUGAGGAACAUCAGGAAGAACUGAAGCUGUUUUGUGAAACUGACAAGAAAUUAGUCUGUGUGAUUUGUAGAUAUUCCCGGGAACACAAAUCUCACAAGUUCAUCCCGAUUAAAGAAGCUGUUCGAAUUUACAAGGAUCGGGUGAAAUCUUCCUUGGAUUCUCUCACAGGGAAGAGAUCGGCGGCUCGAGAAAUGGAGCAGCAGCAGAAACAGCAGAUUUCAAAAAUUCGGGAACAGGCGAACACUCUGCAGACCCACAUCAAAUCCGAGUUCAUUAAAAUGCACCAGAUUCUCACUGAGAAAGAACAGACUUUACUCCGAGAUCUCAGGGAAGAAGAGAAAAGGACUCUGCAAUCAAUGGAGAAAAAUCUUCGAGAGAUCCAGGAGAAUUUAAAUUCAAUUGAGGAGAAGCUCUCUCAUCUGAAGAAACAGUUGAAACAAAAAGACCAAGUGAUAUUCUUGAAGGAGGAAGUAUCUCGGAGGAGGAGGGUUAGUGAUGAUGUCAAUGUGCUGUCACUGACAGAUGGAGUCCUGUCCAUUGGAAAGUACAACAGCCCUUUACAGUACACAGUGUGGAGGGAGAUGUCCAAACACAUCAGGCCAGCUCCAGCCUCUCUGACUCUGGAUCCAGACACAGCGCAUCCCCGGCUCAUCCUGUCUGAGGACCUGACCAGUGUGAGACUCGGAGACAAACACCAGCCGCUCCCUGACUCCCCGGAGAGAUUUGAUUCCUGUCCCUGUGUCCUGGGAUCAGAGGGAUUCACAUCAGGGAGACAUUACUGGGAGGUGAAGGUGGAAAACAAGACUGAGUGGAUUCUGGGAGUGGCCAGAGAGUCUGUGGAGAGGAAAGGGGGGAUCAUCCUGAUCCCAGAGACUGGAUUCUGGGGUGUGGCGCUGUAUCCCAGAGAUAAUUAUUUUGCCACCUCCUCCCCCUCUGACAUUCCCCUCUCCCUGAAUGUGAAUCCCAGGAAGAUCGGGGUGUUUCUGGACUAUGAGGGUGGACAGGUGUCAUUUUACAAUGCGGACACCAUGUCCCAUCUCCACACUUUCACCCACACUUUCACUGAGAGGGUCUUACCCUUCUUCCAUCCAGGAUCAAGUGACAACAGGAACAACUCUGACCCACUGACAAUCUGCGGAACAUUGGUCACAAACCCCUCCACCCCUCAAGAUCAGACCAGCUCCAUGUUUCAGCAGCUUCUAGCAUGCUUCUGUGCCUUUCCCACCAGGGCAGGUUACACAGAGAUUCCCUGAGGUCAGGGUCCAUACAACCCAUUGACACCAGCUUGUUGGUGAGAUUAGUUUUGUUCAACUGGGUCAAGACAAUGAUCUCAGAGGAACAGCAGGAAGCCAUUCAGCUCCUUCAGCCUGUAUUGUCGUUUAUUCAGACAAUGGCUGGUCUAUAUCCAAGAUUUCUCCAUUUGCAUCUUUGCACAACACUCUUCUUUCUUAACCAAUCAACAGAUCGAAGUUCUGACAUUUUCAGUUGAUGCCCCUUCUCAUCAGUAAUUUCUAACAAAGUGAAAUUGCAGCUUAUACUUACUGUGAAGAAAUAUUUCUAGACAUUCUAGACAUGGAUUAGCUAACCUUCAAUUUUGGAGGUAGGGACCUUGUUCUGGACUUGUCCGACUCUAGUUUCUCUUUAUUCGCCAUUCUCUCGUUCACCAAGACCACCUUCCCAAUGUUAAUCUUCAUGAGCAAGUCAGGCAGCACUCUGGUGAAUCUGCAGUGCCCCCUCUCAAACCAUACACUCACUGACAUGUGGAGCCCAGACUAAAUGUAUAAGAUGGACUUUGUUCAAAACUCUGUAAAGCUGCAAUAUAAACUUCCUAGUAUUUGAAUCCAAGCUCUUCUCUGAGGGAUGAAACAUUAAGUUGGUUUCUGUUGACUUAACAGCUUCCUCGGCCAAAAUGAAUAAAUCCCAGUUAACACAUUGAAGUCCAUCUUUAACAAUUUUACCAUCUUGUUUAUUCAUGUUCUUGCCCCAGUGUUGAUGAAGCAUUCCUUAGUCUGACAGGGAAUACUGACUGCCACCAAUAUCAUUCGAACCUUCUGUGAGUUUCACAGAGAUUGGGUUUACUGGUGUUUGUUAUUGUAGUUGGGCUUGUUGUAAAUAACAUUGUUAACUCUCCAUCUUGUUGAAUGCUGUACAAUAAGCAGCUUGCAAUCUUCAUAAUCACAGUGCUGCAAACAUCGACUUAUGUGGGGAAACAGUCGUUUUUCCAUGUAUGAACACACUUAUUUUUAAAAAUUAGCUGUUUUCUCAUUCAGUUUCUUUAUUAAUC